AUGAGUAGUGAUGAUUUCAAGGAUAGGUAUCUUGCUCCGCUUGAUAGUGCUCUUAAAGAAUCGAAUAUUUGCCGUCGACCUUUAGCACAAGAAUAUGCUUACCCACUGGGAGAUGCAAUGCAUGUGGAACAAGCUAUUAAAGAAUACUUUAAUGAAAUAGCAAUUCCGAUCAGGCAGCUUUAUCGUGAUGUUGGUGAUGUGAACAAUUAUUUUGGUAGUCCCUCAAUUGUAAGACCCCCAUUGGAUCAACGAAGAACAAUACAACCCGAUAUCAUUCAUAUGAGAAGCGAGUCGGAUUCAGAUAUACAAUAUCCCAAUAUUGUUUUCGGGAUAGGCGUACAAAAGGGAGUUUAUAAAAUGACGCAAGGCUUUGAAGAAUUCAAGACAGCUAUUCUGAACCGAAGAAGAUUGAGGCUGCAUUGCAUUGGUAACUUCUUUCGAGAUAGAGAGUGGUCGUCUAGAGUAUUAUUUGCGUUGGUUCUAAGCAAAUAUAUCUACCAAGCUUUCCUCUGCGGAACGGAUAGGAUUCUUAUUUCAGACCACCAAACAUUUUCAGGAUUCUUCAAGUAUGAAAUAGUGGAUGGCGAAAUGAUUAUAGACUACCAUAUCAUCCAUGAUCCAGAAACUGUGAAGGAUGGUAUUACUUUGAGGUNGGCUAUANCGGGAUUUUUUUAUAAAAGUGUUGGUGAUGCAGCUGAUACAAAGGCCAGGUUGAUGGAAAUUUUUAGUGUUGCCAGCAGCACCGACGUAAAAAGUAUUAGAGAACUGGAUCCAUUUUUCAACGUUCGCCCUAGAGACACAUCUGGAUCUUCGGGAAAAUUGGAUAGACCUGGGUUUUCAGGCAACUUAGACUCGAUAAGAAAAAGUGAUGUCAGUGAUAACUUUGAUGCUAUUGGUGGUAACACAUAUUAUCGAGUUAUAUACGAUUCCGCAGAAUUUUAUCCUGAUUUGAAACUUCCAUCGCCAGUUUUUGUCAAACUAUACUACUACUCUAGUCGAUUGUGGGAAGAGAAUAGUUUGAUGUGUUUGGAGAUACCGGAAAAAGAGGGGUAUUAUGGCAUGUUUUGCAACGAGCUUUUAAUUAAUGAAAGAAUUGGUAAGUCGGAAUUCGCUUCUGAUUUCCCAAAGCUCCUUGUUUCUGGUUAUUGGAACGGGCUUUCUGAUCAUCCGAUGCAUAUAUUUGAAUACCUUGGGAAGGAGGUCCCAGAAGAAAAGUGGAAUAACAAAGAAGUGUACGAAGUUAUUAAGUCAAGGCUCGAAGAGCUUCAUCUGAUAGGAAUCUCGCAUAAUGAUAUUAGGCUAGCCAACAUUCAUGUGUCUAUUUCUGGUAAGAUAUCUUUGAUAGAUUUUGGAUUAUCGGACUGCACAGAUAAUGAAGAACACAAGAAGAAUGAUUUUGAGACUCUUGACUACAUAUUGAGAGCAAAUGGUUCUAAUGAAAGCUAUAAGCAUGCCAAUCGAGUUAAUGCUAAAAGCGAAGCUAUAUCUGCUGAUAGAGCAGACGAAGAUGACAAAUAUGGAAAUGAUAGUAAUUCUUCUAGUGAAGAAGUAUUUGAUGAAGGGAGUUCAGUGACUUUUGGUACCCGGACAACGAUAGAAGAUAUUGCUUCAAAAUCAUCACAAAGAUAA